GUGUGUUCCUGAAUCCUCGGACGCCAGCCUUCCGAGUUGCAGUCGUUGUUUAUUGUUAGCUACAAUAGCCUCUUUAGCAAACCAGCCCGAAAAAAAACAACACAACUUUACAUUGUAUUGCACGCACAGCAAGACCAUGCAAUGUAUAAAUUGGUGACCGGAAUAAAUUAGCAAUGCAAUCAAGUUUGUAAGAGAAUUUAAAAUCGUCAUUCAAAUGACCUACGUGGUACAAAUACAAAAAAUAAAAAUCUCUUCACGGGCGCAGCCAUUUUUUUGAGAGCGUCAUCACUGCUCUCGGUCUACUAUCAGAUAUUCGAAAGAUGAAGACAAAAAGGGGGCGUGCCUUCGAGAUAUGCCACAAGAAAGCUGGGAGAUCUUCGAUUUCGACUCGGAAGUCGGGGGUUCGAGGAAUCAGGAACACAACAUAAAGACAUUCAUGAGGCCACAGCUCUUGGUGGUUAGCCUGUUGGCCCUGUGUCGCAUGCCUGCUGGGAGGGCCUGUCUGCAGUGUGACCGCAAGACCCGACUCCUGCACGAGGACUUCCUCCUGUCGGCUGCCAGCGUGGAGAAGCAGAUAGCCCUCACGAUGAUCAGGGACCACGCCUAUGUCACCUACAGGCAGACUAGCCAGGCACACCGUGGUGUCAUUGAUCCCACCACUUUUUACAGAGUAAGCACUGAGUACCACAGUGAAUUCAAUCGCAUCAAGAAGACCCUGCAACCAGGUUCAGGGACAAUUGACGCCAUUCAAAUCAUGGAGAAGGGCCGGAAAAUCUUAGAGAAGCACUUGGUUAUUUUCAUCCGUGAAGGACUGUGCCCUAACAAGUGUGGGCAGCUGUAUCAAAGAGUGAUAGACUGCUCCUCCUGCAAAUACAAGUUAUACAAUUGUCCUUCGCCCCCAGACCAGCUGGACUGUGGCGAGCACCAUUUGGAGGCUGAAGAAGGGGACCAGGCUGUGUUGAACUGUUUCCUGCCCUGGCACAGCCUGAUUCAGGGAACACCAGAGUACCACUUUACCUGGGCCCCCGGCCCCCCUGGAUCCACACAGCUGGAAGAGAGCGAUUUCCAAACCCUGGUAGUCACCGAGGAGCCGUCGGUGGUGCUGAAUCAGCUGCACGCGAAAGAACAAGGGACGUACCGCUGUUCACUGCAGGACCGCAAGGCCACUGUCUUCUCCACAGUCACCUUCUUCCUCACUGUCACAGCUCUGCCCACCCAAACUCCCAUGCAGCUAAUCACGUUGCCCACCCUGCCUCCAAGAUACACCUCAUCGACUCUUCCACUUACCAGAUACCAGUUGCUGUCUAUCAUUGCCACGGUGACCGCCCUCAGCCUGGUAGCCAGCAUAGGCCUCAUAGUGGCCCUUGGACUGACAAUGAAGAGGAAGAUGAAGGAGCUAAGAGCAAGGAGAAUGGUGUCAGUUUAUUAACAAAGUUUCAGCUCCCGAAAUAAAACUCCAACCCAACGCUUAUCAUUCUCUGCAGUCAAGGCUUUAAUCCUAUCAUGGGAUAUUUACGAUUCAGUCCUUUAGCAGAUGCUAUUAUCUAAAUGAUAUCAAGUAGCGGUUUGUUUUAGGUAGGGGUUUGUUUUAUUCCUCAAGUGUGGGCAGUUGGUUAAGGGAAUAUAAAAGUACAGUUUCAUUAGAUCAUGUUGAAGCGUCUGUUACUGAUUUAUUUUGUCGGCAUAUAUUCUAGAUGUGGACCCGAGAGCAGGUUCUCUGAGGGAGGGCUGACAUCACUAACACAUAAUUACACACACUAGGCUGACGCAGUUAACCUGAGGAGCCACGGGGACCUCCUGAUUGGAGACAAGAGGACCAGGGCCACGUGGGCCUGGAUAAGAAGAUCUGGAUGGAUAAAUCUCCAGGUUUAAUGUUUUUUUUCUAGGAUUAAUAGCCCCAGCAGCCCGCUUAAUCCCAAAUAAUCCCUGUGAGAGCAGAGCCGGUGAGUAUGAAUCCAUCCCUGUUGGUUUGUUGCCAUUGUUGUUUAGUUGGGAUAUUUGUUUCUGAGGAUGAAUUCAUGUUUUUUGACAUGAACACUACCACAUUUAAUUUAUAUAUCUUUCACAUUCAUUCUCUCUAGAUUUAAUGUUCUGGAUGAAUAUCUUCGUCCUCGUUUCAUAGCUGGUUAAGUGCAACCUUCUCACCUCAAGUCAAGUCAUAUUUUGCUCGUUACUUCCAAAGGAAUUUACUUCUGGGUUCCUUUGUUUAGUUGUGUUGUUUUGGAAUAGUUGUAGAUAAGCAGUGCAAAUUCAGAUCCAAAAUAGCGUUUUUUUUGUAAUAGGUGAAGCAUUUCUGUCACGUAGUCCAAUUUUGAUAAUGAAGACAAUCACUUUUUAACCCAAAAAACUCAAAAUGAUACAUGUGUUUGAAUAUAGUUUUCCAAAAAUUGAAACAUUUCGUUUUUUGAGGGUAGCGGGCUGAACGUAGGCAAUGUGCCAGGGUGAAAGGGACAUGAUUCAUUGAAGGGAUGAAGAACAGGCGAGUGGUUGUGUAAGGGUUGUUGUGGUGAUAGCAGGGUGUAACGCUUCCAUUUCCUUUUUGGUAAACAGAAGAAAAAACACCUGCUUGUUAUACAUCACUUGUCAUAGCAAUAUGCAAACAAGAGUCCUGGCAAGGAAACGUCACCAACAAGUUAACUAUCAUUAUGUUAGAUGUUAGUCUGCAAAGGUCUAGGUCAAUAGAGAAAAACAAAGAGAUGAAUACCUAUUUCACUCGAUAAGAUAGUCAACACACACGCAAACACACGCAAGCACGUAUACACACACACAAACACACAUACAAACACACAAACAUACAUUUCCUGUGACGUUUCUAUGUGCUGAAACUGAAAACUAACAGAAGAAUAAUUGUUCCUUUUAACAGUUGGAUAUUUGAUGCAUGUUGCACAAUUAGCAAAAGUAGGCCUUCUAAGUAGGCGUCUUAGAGUACCAUAUUAAGUGCUAUAUAAAUGUUAUUUAUUAUUUAUUAUCAAGUGUUAAGUCACAUUGUUCCAAGAAGUUGUUACUCUUAUGUAAUAGGAUGGUGUUUUACUUACAACUUAGACUUUACCUUUACCAAUCACGUCCCCAGAUAUACAAACUAAGGGUGUUCAAUCAUAGUGAAAGAAAGUUAUUAAAUACAGAACACAGUUACAGGAUAAUCCAAGAGAACC